CUUUAUCUGUGCAAUAUUCUCCUGACUUAACACCGUGCUUGCUUGCUCCCUUCUUAUAGCGCUCAAAGUCAUUGUUCAAACCCGGCUAGCCCUGCGUCUUCGUUGAUAAUACAACCCAUCCACUAUCUUCAACAACAUGGCCCGCAUCCUAAUAACUGGCUCAACAGACGGCCUCGGCCUCGAAGCCGCCCGCCAACUAGUCCAACGCAACCACACCGUCUACCUCCACGCACGCAACCAAGAACGCGCAGCCGCCGCCCAAGCCAAAUGCCCCGGCGCAGCCGGCGUGCUGAUCGCCGAUUUGACCAGCGUGGCCGAAACGCGCAACCUCGCCGAGCAGGCCAACGCGAUAGGAGCCUUCGACGCCGUCAUCCUCAACGCAGGCAUGCUCUACGGGCCCUUCCGCAAGACGCCCGACACCGGCGUCCCGGCUAUGGUCUUCGUGAACGUCAUCGCGCCUUAUAUCCUUGCUUGUCUGCUGACGCGGCCGAAGCGGCUUGUGUUCAUUGCGUCGACUCUUCACCGCGAGGCUAAUACCGAUGUGAAGGAUAUUUUCUGGUUCCAGCGCGGGGAGGAGCAGUUCCGUGAUUUCCCGGCGUAUUGCGAUUCGAAGCUUCAUGUUAUGAUGCUAGCGAAUGCCGUCGCGCGCCGGUUCAAGGGCACUUCUGUCACCGCUGUGCAUCCGGGUUGGGUGGUUACUAAGCUUGGGGGCCAGAGCGCUACUGAUAAGCUGGAGGAUGGGGUCGAGACCUAUGUCAUGUUGGCGGAGGGGGACUACGACCAGAGUCUCACCGGGGUGUAUUUUGACCCGAAGAGGAAGAUCGGGGAGCCUCUUCCGGUGACGGCGGAUGAAAAUUUGCAGGAGCUUGUCGUUAAGGCUUGUCAGGAUGUUACUGGGCUUACGCUGCCUGCUUAGGGUGGUGUGCCGGGGGGCUGUAGGACUUAGCGUGUACAUGAGUUUCAUGGGGAAUUAUUCUAGACUAGACUCGUGGUUUUCUCAAACCUGGGCUCGGGUUUUCAUUGCUAGUGGCUGGUCGAUUUGCCAGGAACUACACACUUGAAACUUUUCAUAUCUUG